AUGCCGCAAAUCGUCACAGAUAUCAUAGGUUGUCAUGCACUAUGGUUAUUUUCCAUUUUUUGUUCUCUGUUGUUGAUUCGUCAAGUGUGUUCACAGGCCUCUGUUGUGGGUUUUACUGGAGGCACUGCUGUUUUACCUUGUUCUUCUGAACAACCUCAGCGUACAGUUCAAGACAUCAUUGUGCGUUGGAGACACAAUGGCUUGGAUGUCUUUGAGAUUAUUGACGGUACAGUUUCAGCCAAAGCACAGGAUCCAGCAUACAGAAAUAGAGCUCAAAGCUUCCCUGAGCAGUACAAGAACGGAAACUUCUCCAUCAAACUCAGAGAUCUGCAAGACAGUGAUAGCGGAAAGUACACAUGCUAUAUCAUACAGGACUCAAUAAUUAGGGAUGUCAAGCUUAACAUCGAAGCGAGGGUAUCAAGACGGAUAGACAACCAAGGAACAAAACCAAGUCCAGAGAUACCUGUAAUGAUUUUUUCCAUUUUGUGUGUUGGCCUUGCAUUUUCUUUAGCUAACUCAGCCACAGGGUUUUCUAUACAGCAUCUUGUGUCGGUCCCAAGCCCGGAUAAAUGAGGAGGGUCUAGAGGAUGCCAGUACAUUUAAAGUCAGAUGGUGGCUCUGCACAGGCAAGAACUGAGUAAUUUCCUGAAAAACAUUUUCAUUCUGGAUCUCUCCAUCCCAACCUACCCACAAGAAGAUCAUCUGCACCUCGUCUGCUGAUCAUUGAUACAGCUAUUUGAUGUUGUGGCAGUCAUUUACAAUGAUCCCAUAGUGACAUGAACACGUUUUUGAGGGGGUUUUCGGGGAUCUGUUCCCUUAAACCUUUCACAUUGUAAUUAUUGGCAGAAUGGUUCUGGUCAAACAUGCACCCCAUAGAUCUCCCAGGGAUGUCAAACUCAGUUCCUGGAGGGCUGCAGCCCUGCACAGUUUAGUUCCAACCCUGCUCCAACACACUUACCUGUAGGUUUCAAACAAGCCUGAAGGACUCAAUUAGUUUGAUCAGGUGUGUUUAAUUAGGGUUGGAACUAAACUGUGCAGGGCUGCGGCUCUCCAGGAAUUGAGUUUGACAUCCCUGCCAUAGACAGAGCAGGGAGAGCAGCAGCAAUUCAGCCCCCCAUGGGAUAACAGAACUAAACCCCAAAUCAUAAACUAUUAUGAUUAUGAGCCAAUUUAAAUGACAGAGAUAUGAGGCUUGUUACCAUGUACUUGGCUAAUACGGAGGAGUUUAUGAACGGUGGAGGAAGUGUAGAACACAGAGUGCCACGUUUGCCUGAACUAACGCUAUGCUCGAUUAUUAUAUCCUUGCUAAGCUCUGAGUUUUUUUAAGGCUAAUGACUGUAAUCACAAACUUGUCACAUGAUAUGAUACAGUCUCAAUAGCACUUUGACUUAAUCAUAUGGUUUUCUGAUUCACAUAUUUGAUAAAAGUUAUCUUGAACACAUCUACAUGACAAUUUUUAGUUACAGUAAAUGUAUUGCGUCAGCAGAAAGACAUCUGGCAGACAGUUGCCAGUUUCACUGACACUAUAGUGGCAUGAGUUAAUGCAUUUGUGAUCUGUGUCGCUCAGUGUCGCAGUGCAUGUUGCUGCAGUGCCAUUGACACCCGCCAGAGCUUAAUGACGCUUAUAAACAUGGAAAAUCAAUUUAAUCAUGCUGCUGUCAAUCAUGAUCUAUUGUGUCGCAAGUUCAUUUAUUUGCUGGGCUUCCCCCUAUGAUUUUAAAACAUAUAUAAUUCUUUUUUUUUUUUUUUUAUUCAAAAUGAUACUUCUGAUCUUCAUUGGUACAAUAUGUCAGUGCAUAGCAUGAAUUAUUUUUAAUAUUAAGGUCUUCUAAAUAAUCUACUAAAUAAAUGUAUUGUAAUACACAUUGAAAUGGUUCACACACAAUUUUAUGUAUUUUUAUUUAUACAAAAAAGAGGUAAAGAUUUGCAAUAAGUUAAGUUAACUACUACUACCUUGUUAUAAUUUAAAUAUCUAGAACUGUAUAAUACUGAAUCUUGAAUUUCCAAUGAAUACCAGAAGUGUCAUUACGAAUAAAAAAAAAAUUGUAAAAAAAAAAAAAAAAGCAGCCAAUCAUAUAAACAAACUCGCAACGCAAUAAAUCACGUUUGACAGCAGCAUAAUGUUUUUUUUAUGUGUCAUUAAGCUCUAAAAAAAUGAUUAAUUUUAAAUUUUAUAAACAUUAAACAUUUAUAAACUUAUGAAUGCCAUUAUAUAUCAAUGACUUUGACACAUUCCUCCUCUAUUUAUUAACCGAGUUUCAACGCUGCUAGCAGCUUUAAUUUAGAUUUAUAUUUUAAGAUAUUUUUCAUAGCUUAAAUGUGGCCUUAUAUAUGGAGAUAUAUAUAUCCUAAUCAAUGGUCAGGUCAAUUUGCAUAUAUCAUUUCUGUGAUAGGAUUAAUAAAGGUUUGAAUCUAUUUUUAUCUGUUUAGAGUUUAUCAGCUGAGAGUAAAACUGUGAUGAAAUGUGAUGUCUCCUGUAUUAAAUGUUUUUAGAAAUUGCAAUGUACAAUCAAUCUUAUUAAACUUAUUAAUAAUACAAUUUGCUAUAACUUCUAUGUUAAGCUGCUUUGACACAAUCUACACCGUAAAAGCUUAAUAGAAAUA